UGCUGCGAUCGUUCGCAGCAGCAGCAAUCAGUCGAUCUUGAUCCUGCCUGGCGUAACGAUCGUCAUGGCAAAGGUGGUAGAUUGUGUGCUGCUGCUGCUGCUGCUGGCGUUCAUUGCCGUUGUUCGUGCGCAAGAAGCUUGCCGGACGCCCGAUCAUCGCGAUGGAGUGUGCCACCCGGUACAGCAGUGCCCGAGCGUAAGGGAUGAGUUCUUCAAUUCCGACCGAGUGCUGAGCGAGGACGAGAUCGACUACCUGCGCAAGCUGCAGUGCAAAACGAAGGACGUGACCAUCUGCUGCCCGGACGGUGUGACGACUGUGGACCGUAAUCCAACGGCCGUGCGCGACGGCCUGCCGAACCCGAAAGCGUUCGAGUGUGGUUUGGACACGCUGGCGGAUCGGAUCAUCGGCGGUAACUACACGGCGAUCGACGAGUUUCCCUGGUACGCGCUGCUCGAGUACCAAUCGAAGAAGGGCGAGCGGGCGUUCAAGUGCGGCGGCUCGCUGAUCAACGGACGGUACGUGCUGACGGCGGCCCACUGUCUGGCCAACAAGAAGCUGGACGAAGGCGAACGGCUGGUUAACGUGCGUCUCGGAGAGUACAACACCGCGACCGAUACGGACUGUGCGGACGGCAACCCGGACGACUGUGCCGAUCCGCCGCAAAACUUUGGCAUCGAGGCGCAGAUCGUUCAUCCGGGGUACGACAAGAACGGACCCUACCAGCAUCACGACAUUGCACUGAUCCGGCUCGAUCGGGACGUUACGAUGAACAACUUCGUUUCGCCGGUAUGUCUUCCGCCGGAUGAAUUCCCGCCUACCAGUCCCGGUCUUAACGUUACGGCGGUUGGGUUCGGACACACGGGACGACAGCGACACAGUGGCAUCAAGAAGAAGGCCCAGUUCCCAGUGUUUGCUCAGGAGGAGUGUGACAAGAAGUGGAAAAACAUUGAAGUUAUUGGGGAGCAGCUGUGCGCGGGCGGUGUGUUUGGGAUCGAUUCGUGCAGCGGCGAUUCCGGUGGCCCGUUGAUGGUAAAGCGGUUCUACUGGAUACAGGAGGGUGUCAUUUCCUUUGGCAACCAGUGUGCACUCGAAGGUUGGCCCGGUGUGUACACGAGAGUGUCGUCGUAUCUGGGCUGGAUUCGGCAAAACAUUCGUCAAGUGUCGCGCUUUGAAGACCUCACCAUGUCGUCCGCGGUGCUGCUGCUGCUGGUUUGCGGCUGUGCGCUUGCGGUUCUGUCGCCGGUUGCGUACGGUGCGCCCAUGGACACAGACGAUCGUCCCGUGUGGGACUCGAUCCGGCUGUGCGACAUCCCGAACGAGCCCAGCCCGGGCCAGUGCAUGCUGCCGGCCGAAUGUGUCGCCUACGGGAAGAUCAACGACGUGUCCAGCCUAAGCUCGAUCGAGCGCUUCAGCUUCAUCAAGCAGAUCCAGUGCAACGGGUCGGACACGGUGCCGUACGUGUGCUGUCCCCGCAACAGUGACGCUUACCGCGAACCUUAUGUGAAUGAGACGAUGGUGCCGAAGAAUCGGGUCGCAAGCCGUAUCGCAUUCGAUGCCGACUCCUGCGGCAUCCAGAGCUACGUGGCCAAGAUACGGGGCGGCCAGCUGGCCGAGAUCGACGAGUUCCCGUGGAUGGCAAUGCUUCUCUAUGAGCGGGACAACAACGCACUGACCCAGGGAUGCGGGGGAGCACUGAUAAGUCGCACGUACGUGAUCACCGCCGCGCACUGUGUGACCGGGAAGAACUUUCAGCAAACCAAGGGCCGGCUGAAGUUUGUUCGGCUGCGCGAGUACAACAUCCACACCAACCCGGACUGCGUGUACGAGAACGACCUGAAGGACUGCUCGGACGAUAUGAUCGAUCUGGUGCCGCAAGCGGUCAUACCGCACCCGGAGUACGAUUCGGAGUCGAGCAACCAGCAGCACGACAUUGCGCUGAUCCGGAUCGAACAGACGCCGCCGUUUACCGACUUUCUGCGCUCGAUCUGUCUGCCGGAGCAGAACUUUGAGAGUAGCGCGACGCCGGGCAAGAAGCUGAGCGUGUCCGGCUGGGGCCGCACGGAUAUCUUCAAGGACAAUCUCGGACCGGAUGUGCUGAGCCCGAUCAAGCUGAAGCUCAGCCUGCCGUACGUCGAACGGGAAAAGUGUAGCAAAACGUUUCGGCUGUGGUCGUUCGCGCUCGGCCCGGGUCAAAUGUGUGCCGGCGGCGAGCGGGCGAAGGAUACGUGCGCCGGGGACAGUGGUUCACCGCUCAUGAGCUACGAUAUGAAGCGCGCCAUCUGGUACAUUACCGGCAUCGUCAGUCUCGGGGUGCGGGGAUGCGGCGUCGAGGGCCUGCCCGGCGUCUACACCAACGUGCAUCACUAUCUGCCGUGGAUCAAAAUGUACACCGGGGCGUAAGUGGCCGUCGGUCCACCGUCACCGGUACUAGCAUGUAAUAAAUCUAAGCAAAUGUGUAGCAUA